GGUAAGGUUUCUUCUACAUCCCUUAGAGUCUUGGGAUCUUCUUGUCUUUGAUACGUGAUUUGAUUUCCUUUCUACUAUCUUACGCCACGUCCUCCCAUAUAGUCCAAUCGCGGUACGCGUACCCCAAACACCAGGUUGUAGGGCAGACGGUCAUUGGGAAGAGGAAGAUGCCAGCGCAUAUUGCCCGCCCAAGAGCUGAAGUAUCUACGCCGCAAGAGUACCCUUGAAGUACUUGCUGCAACCUUGAGACGACAACAAUGGUAGCGCUGGUGAUAGAGUCAUGGAUAUGGUACGGUGUUGUUGUGGCAGUCGCGGCCUCGAGAAUUGUCGCGCGUCGCAUGCUCCUCGGUUCGUUCAAGCGCUUCCAGGUCGACGACUACCUGAUGCUCGCGGCGCUCUGCUUCUACACCACGCUGAUAGCGACAAUCAACAUCGUCCGAUAUGUGAAUUCCAACCUCCUCCCGCCCGGCUUCGACGUCAACAGUCUGAGUCCGCAAGAUAUCGAGGGGCGAGUCUACGGCUCCAAGCUCAUCUUGGUGGUGGAACAAUGCCAAUGCUGUACCGUCUGGCUCGCGAAAGCCUGCCUACUCACCCUCUACCUCCGCCUGACCACUCUAAGAAGCGAAAACAUCAUCCUACGCAUCCUGUGCGGCUACGUCGCCUUCGGCUUCAUCUUCAUGGAGGUGUUCUACUUCGGAGUCUGGUGUCAGCCUUUCCACAACUAUUGGGCUGUUCCGACACCAAACGUUCAAUGUGAUGCCGCAACCAACCAUCUCAUCACCAACGCUUUCUUCAAUCUGACCUCCGAUUGCUGUAUGCUCGCCAUUGGCCUCCCUAUGUUCUUGCGCCUGAAUCUACAAUGGAAGAAGAAGGUCCCAGUCAUUGGCCUUUUCAGUCUCGGCAUCUUCGUCAUUCUGGCGGCGGUACUGAAUAAGGUGUACUCGUUCAGCGAGCCGUUUGGAGCAAUGUGGACGUACUGGUACGUGCGAGAGAGCUCAACGGCGCUUCUGGUGGCCAACCUGCCGUUCGUCUGGACCUUGUGGCGGACAAUGGCAGGCUUGCAGACGGUCAAGGGCGGGUCAGGGCAGGGUACUGUGGAGUUGACGCAGACCAUGAGUCGCGGAGAGAAGAUGGCGGGGAGUUUGGCGGGCGGCUCAGUAUGGCGACGGCAGGGUUCGGAGGGAACAUUUACGAGUCAAGAUGAGGAGCUCGCAAGGGGACAACGUUCAUCCACUCCUGGCGACCUCACCUUGGAUGAGAUGCUCAUGGAGGGCAAGUACGCAAGGGCGAUCGACGGAGACGAAGAAGUCUCGCCGUACACGCAUCCGAGCCUUUACUACGCUCGAGGUGCCCGCCUGGACAGCCUGCCACCGAAAGCACUCGUGAGCCCGAAGCGUAAUGGUGGUGAGCAAGAGGUGGUGCGACGAGACUCCGGCUCACCUGAGCGUAGCAGGGGCAGCGCGUCGUUCUCCUCGGCCUCCCAGAAUCCACUGGGCACUGCGAGGUCGAUUGGAUCUUUUGUCUGAGCGUUCAAGCGUGUGUUGAUCUGUGUAUAGCUACGGCUUCGAUAUGUCAUGAUGAUGAUUGUACAAUUAGCGGUGGCGUUUCUGGCUCCACGUAAUGAGGAUCAGGCAUCCUAUGAUGUUGAUCGGCAAGAUUACGAUACAGAUAUAUCGAUCGGCACUCUGGCGAUGCGCAUCUGACGGAUACCGGACGCAUAUGUACAUCUGAAUAUAAGUACCACCUGGCAGAAAGCGGAACGAUAGCUUGCCGACCAGAAUUACACAGGUC